CCUUUGCCUCUGUCUCUCUGUCCAAUCUCAUGCUGCUGUAAACUGACACCAAAUACUCACAGGCGUGUGCAGGACGGGUUUGUUUUAACUCUCCCCUUGUUCCAGUGUUGUGUACUUACAUGUGGUGAACCUGAGGGCGACGAACAUCUGGUUGGGAGGGAUGUGUGCGUUUGUAUGUGAGGAGAAGACGCUGUGAAGAAAGCCUUCUCUCAAAAAGAAGGACGUCUUUGGAAGAAUCCAGCAGUAACUUUUAGACCAGCUGGAGGGGCAGAAUGGACGGGGAAGUUGAAACAAUGACCGCUGGCCUCGACAGUCCUCUGAGCCCGAGGCACCUGACCGGACUUGGGAUGAGCUGUCUUCUCUCUCCAAAGUACAGACACUCUGGGCCGGGCCUUGCCAGUCCUCAGGAGUACAGCCAGUGGUUGCCUAACCGCCACGAUGCCAGCUUACUGCCAAUGAAAGAAGACCUGUCCCUCUGGCUCAACACCAUGAUGGGUGUGAACCUCACAGCAAACACUCUGAUGGAGAGGUUGGAUAACGGCAUUCUCCUCUGUCAGCUGGCACAGCUGCUCCAAGAGAAGAUGAUCCAUGCCAACAGUGGAAAGCCUUUUGUAAGAAGAGUGAUCCAGUGGCGAGCUGAUGCAACGUCUGGAUCAUUUUUUGCCCGAGACAACACAGCCAACUUCCUUUAUUGGUGUCGAAAGAUUGGCGUUGACGGGGCUUACCUAUUUGAGUCUGAGGAUUUAGUCCUGCACAAGCAGCCUCGGGAGGUGUGCCUGUGCCUGAUGGAGGUGGGACGGAUUGCAGCCAGGUAUGGAGUGGAGCCACCAGGGCUGGUGAAGUUGGAAAGAGAGAUAGAGAGGGAGGAGGGCUUGCUAUCUCCAUCAUCCCCCCUUUCAUUUUUUCCUCCCACAUCGCUGUAUUCACCAUCGCAAUCCUCCCUCCCCUCAGCCCCCAGCACUCCACCUGCUCCUCUCGCUCAGAGCACAACCUGUCUACCUGAACCCCUCUCCGCCUCCCUCUCGUCUGAUCUUCCAUCAGCCACAAUAAACCCGGUGCCCACAUGCUCUUCCCCUCCUCUGCCCUCCCUCUCAGGCUCUAACCCUUGUACAAGUGCAGCUUCAACACAAACACCUUUGUUCUCUUCGUCCUCCGCCACGAACACAUCUGCCUCAGCUUUGCCGUCAGCAGCAUCACCAGGUCCACCUGUAGUAUCCACGGCCAAAGUCUGCCCCACCACAAUAGACAAACCCCCCCCACCAGCUGCACCAACCAUCACCUCUACAGCCACGGCCGUUUCUCGCUCAUCUAACAAAUCCACAAGCCGGAAGAGCACAAGCACAAGUGUUUUGGACGAUAUUGUGAGGAACAUUGUUGAGAGCCCCCCCUGCAGCUGUCCUACCAGAUUCCCUGUUGAGAAGCAACCCAAAGGCUGCUACCGUGUCGGGGACAAAGUUCUUUACAUUCGAAUGCUGAAUGAGCGCCAUGUGAUGGUGCGUGUUGGCGGGGGAUGGGAGACCUUUUUGAGUUACCUGCAGAAACACGACCCCUGCCGAGGCGGAAGAGCGCCGGUCAGCAGAUCGGAGGUCGGGGUCUGUCGAAGCAAAGCAAAGCCACCAAACCUGAAUGUCUCACCCGACAGUUACAUGGUGGUCGGUGCUCAUUACCGCGGUAAGAAGUAGAUUCUCAAAGUGGUGGCAGUAGUGCAAAAAACUUCAUCCGAGCAAACUGUUCUCUGUCAGUGAAUCAGCAUGUAGUUCACAAACCCUUUUUACCUCAAAUUCUAAAGGAAACACAACUGUAUCUGCCUACAAUUUGCAGAUAUUGCUGCUCUGCAAAUAACUGGCAAUGAGCUUAAUGUCAUCAAUUGUCAAGCAUACUCUCCUUUUACCUCUUAGGGCCGCAUGUAAUAUAUUUGGUACAGAUUUCUUAGGCCUAUUGCACCUUCAUAUAAACAGGAAAAACCCUGGGAUAUAAAAUAUUUCCUUUUUUGGGUUUUUUUUUUUACAGUACAAUGUGUACAAAAUAUCCAUACAUUUGAUUAAAAAACCUGUGUUCACAUUUGUUUGUUGUUUUUUCAUAUUUCGCUAAAGUGAAAAACAACUUCAGAUAAAACUGUCUUCUUGGAUCAGGCUUUUUAGGGUUGAAACGGUUGUACUCUGAUGUGUUGGUACUUUUUGGCUGUUUGUUUGAUAAAAUUAAAAACUUAAGUACUUUUCUGGUGUGACAGAUAAAAGAGGUAACUGUUGGAUGCAACAUUAGAUGUUACUGUAUGUAAUUUAA